UUACCACCCCUUUCUCCUUUCUUCUCGUUUACCAAAUACCAACACUCUGGUUUUAGGCUUUUACACUAACAAAACCUACUCUCCUCUCCCUCUCUCUCUCUCUCUCUCUAGUUGCGGAGAAACAAUGGCGAAACCCACCAUUUGUUUUCUGCAUUUCCUUCUUCCAUUCUUACUCCUCGGAGUUUCUUCGAGCUCCGACAUGGAAGCUUUAAUGGCGUUCAAAGCGGCAUCCGACGUCUCCAACAAGCUCACCCAUUGGAACUCAACCUCAAACCCUUGCUCUUUGCCCGGCGUCUCGUGCACAAACGACAGAGUCUCUCGUCUCGUCCUCGAGAACCUUGAUCUCCACGGCUCGUUCCAGCGUCUCACUGCCCUAACUCAGCUCCGAGUUCUGAGCCUGAAAGGAAACAGCCUCACCGGUCACAUUCCGGAUCUCUCCAACUUCACAGCCCUCAAACUCCUCUUUCUCUCCCACAACAACUUCUCCGGUGGGUUUCCGGCCUCUCUGACGUCUCUGUCUCGUCUUUACCGUCUCGAUCUGUCUUGCAACAACCUCUCAGGUGAGGUUCCAGUUUCGGUCAACCGUUUGACCCAUCUCUUGACUCUCCGGCUCGAGUCGAACCGGUUUUCUGGUUCUAUCUCCGGUCUGAACGUCCCGAAUCUCCAGGACUUCAACGUUUCAGAAAACAGCUUCUCGGGUCAAAUACCCAAACCCUUGUCGGGUUUUCCAGAAUCCGCGUUCUCCCAAAAUCCGAACUUAUGCGGAUCUCCGCUCCGAAACUGCACGGCGAUUCCUGUCAACCCGACGAAGCCCGGAUCCGAUGGCGCAAUAGCGUCGCCGCUGGUGCCGGGGACCAAUUCGACGGUCGUGGCGUCUUCUCCGAGCUCGUUGCCGAUAAACUCAUCCCCCGAGAAAUCGGACGGUAACGGUAAUAAUCGCCACAACGGGACGGCGAAAAUCAGCACAAUGGCACUAAUCGCCAUAAUACUCGGCGAUGUUUUGGUGAUCGUAGUGAUAUCGCUUCUCCUCUACUGCUACUACGCAUCGAAGUACCGCGACGGGAAGGGUACGAAUUCGAAGCUUCUAGAAACCGAGAAGAUUGUGUACUCGUCGAGCCCGUACCCUGCCCAGCCCGGGUUCGAGAGAGGGAGGAUGGUGUUCUUUGAAGGGGUUAAGCAAUUCGAGCUCGAGGAUUUGCUCCGGGCCUCGGCGGAGAUGCUCGGAAAGGGCGGGUUCGGGACGGCGUACAAGGCGGUGCUGGACGACGGCAAUGUGGUGGCGGUGAAGCGGCUGAAGGACGCUCAGGUGGGAGGGAAGAGGGAGUUUGAGCAGCACAUGGAGGUGCUGGGAAGGCUUAGGCAUCCGAAUGUGGUCAGCUUGAGGGCCUACUAUUUCGCCAGGGAAGAGAAGUUGUUGGUCUAUGAUUACAUGCCCAAUGGCAGCUUGUUUUGGCUUCUUCACGGUAACAGAGGCCCAGGAAGAACCCCAUUGGACUGGACCACAAGGCUGAAAAUCGCGGCAGGAGCAGCCCGUGGGCUGGCAUUCAUCCAUAGCUCAUGCAGGUCCCUAAGACUCACCCACGGCAACAUCAAGUCCACCAACAUCCUCCUCGACAACACCGGCACCGCCCGCGUCUCCGAUUUCGGACUCUCCGUCUUCGCCGCGCCGCCCGCCGCCCCUCGAUCCAACGGCUACCGCGCCCCGGAGUCCAUCGACGGCCGUAAGCUCACCCAGAAGUCCGACGUCUUCUCCUUCGGCGUCCUCCUCCUCGAGCUUCUCACCGGGAAGUGCCCCUCCGCCGUCGACGGCGGUGUCUCCGGCGGCGGUGGAUACUCCGGUGCGGUAGUGGACCUCCCGAGGUGGGUCCAGUCCGUCGUGAGGGAGGAAUGGACGGCUGAGGUUUUUGACCUGGAGCUGAUGAGGUACAAAGAUAUUGAAGAGGAAAUGGUGGCUUUGCUUCAGAUUGCCAUGGCCUGUACGGCUUCUACGCCUGACCAACGGCCCAGGAUGAGCCACGUGGGCAAGAUGAUCGAGGAGAUUCGCGGGGUCGAAGUGUCGCCGAGUCAUGACGGGUUGGACUCGGUGUCUGAGUCGCCUUCUGUGUCGGAGGACACGUGCGGAGCGAGUCAGUGAAAAUGAUGGUAGAGGAGAUUUUUUAUAUAUAUAUAUUAUACGGAGGAGAAUGGGGAAGAAGAAAACGUACGAGGAAGACACAAUUUGGGUGCUGUAAUGUAAAUCACGGGGUUUUGUUUUAUUUGUUUUUUUCUCUUGUUUUUUUCCCCCCCUAAAAAAAUAUUAUUUCGUGUAGUUUUGUCUUAUGGGCUUUAAGUUGGCUAUUUAAAGCGAUUGCGGAAUUCUUAUA